GUUUAAAAUCUGAGCUGAAGAAAUCAAUCACUACGAUCAUCAUCAUCAUCGCCGAUUUUAAUCUACAGUUCGGCGGCAUCUUCUUCCCCGAGCUGGAGUAACCCUGACCUCUCUUUGACGAUUGAUUGUCUGAACCAAGGCUUUAACUGUGAUUUCAAAGGAGAAAAUGGCUGUUGUCGCAUCUGCUCCUGGAAAGGUCUUGAUGACUGGUGGUUAUCUCGUAUUGGAGAGGCCUAAUGCAGGUAUUGUGCUUAGUACAAAUGCACGUUUCUAUGCCAUUGUGAAGCCAUUGUUCGAGGAAAUAAGACCUGACAGCUGGGCAUGGGCUUGGAGUGAUGUCAAAGUAACUUCUCCACAGAUGUCAAGGGAAAUUGCAUACAAGUUGUCAAUGAAACACUUGAUCCUCCAGGGUGUAUCUAGAAGUGACUCAAGGAACCCAUUUGUAGAGCAUGCAGUGCAAUAUGCUGUAGCAGCAGCUUUUGCAAAACUAGGAAAAAGUAAAAAGGAUUCACUAGAGAAAUUACUUUUGCAAGGUCUUGAUAUUACUAUCUUAGGUUCCAAUGAUUUCUAUUCAUAUCGGAACCAGAUUGAAGCACGUGGACUCCCUUUAACACCGGAAUCAUUGGCUGCACUUCCUCCGUUCUCAUCAAUAACUUUCAACACUGAAAAAGAUGGAGAAAAUAGCAAGCCUGAAGUUGCUAAAACUGGGUUGGGAUCAUCUGCUGCAAUGACGGCUGCAGUUGUUGCUGCUUUGCUUCACUACCUUGGAGUUGUUAAACUACCUUCUAAGGACAAUGGCCAUGAAAGAGAGAGCAAUGCAGAUCUUGAUGUGAUACAUAUGAUUGCUCAAACAGCUCAUUGUAUUGCACAAGGAAAGAUUGGUAGUGGGUUUGACGUCAGUUCGGCAGUCUUUGGAAGUCAACGUUAUGUCCGAUUUUCUCCAGAUGUUCUCUCUACUGCUCAGGAUACUUAUAGUGGAAAAACAUUAGAAGAUGUCAUUAUUGAUGUCCUAAACAGCAAGUGGAAUCAUGAGAGAACUAGUUUUUCUUUGCCUCCACUGAUGAAUCUUAUACUUGGGGAGCCAGGAGCAGGAGGAUCAUCCACUGUUUCAAUGGUUGGUGCUGUGAAGAAGUGGCAAAAGUCUGAUCCUCAAAAAGCUCAAGAGACUUGGGAAAAACUCUCAGAAGCAAACUCUUCACUUGAAAAGCAACUCAACUUAUUAAGUGAACUUGCUGAAGCCCAUUGGGAUUCGUAUCAAUGGGUUAUUGAGAGCUGCAGCAAUCACAACUCAGAAAAGUGGAUGGACCAAUCCAAUGAUGCAAACAAACUAGAAAUUAUCAAAGUGCUAUUAGGAUCAAGGGAUGCCAUGGUUGAGAUCAGGAACCACAUGCAACAGAUGGGUAGGAUCGCAGGGGUUCCGAUUGAACCGGAAUCACAAACUCAACUUCUGGACGAGACAAUGAAAAUGGAAGGAGUUUUGUUGGCCGGAGUUCCAGGAGCUGGUGGAUUUGAUGCUGUUUUCGCGGUCACUUUGGGAAAAUCAAACGAAAAGAUUUCCAAAGCAUGGAGUUCUCUCAAUGUUCUUGCAUUGCUAGUAGGAGAAGAUCCUAGAGGAGUUUGUUUAGAAAGUGGCGAUCCCAGAGCCCAGGAGAUAACAUCCGCCGUUUAUUCGGUUCAUAUCGGUUAAAAUCCAUUUUCUUUGAGCAAGUUUUUCGAUUCCCUUUACAUUGAACCGAAAUUGUUAUGGAAAUCGAGAGAUUGUACUUUCUAUUGAAGUAUUUGUUGUCUUUAAUAAAAUGUAUGAUGCAGCUAAUGUUUUUGUUGUAUUAUAGACAAGUGUAUUAAUAAUAUUUAAAAUAGAAGUUAAAUUUAAAUGA